ACUUCCGCCUGUCACAAUGCGCAGUUGAGUUCCGGUUCUUUACGUCUGCUGACUUAUUCCCGUAAGCAAAGCGAAGGAUAAUUUUUGCUUGAAAAAAAUGGGUUUCCAAAAUAUUUGGUAUUCGCAUCCACGAAAAUAUGGUCAAGGAUCACGUUCCUGCCGAGCUUGUGCAAAUAGGCAUGGUUUGAUUCGCAAAUAUGGAUUAAACAUCUGCAGACAGUGCUUCAGAGAAUACGCUGCCGACAUUGGAUUCAAAAAGUUGGACUAAAAGGCAGAACAAAAAUGCUGUGCUGAUUUUUUAUUAUAUACAAUUCUACA